AUGUCGUCCAAGGCCCGCGCAUCGACCACGUCCAAGAAGACGGACAAGUCCUCGUCGGUACCGGCGGAGAAGGACGAGCGCAAUGCGCGGCUGCGCUCCCACCUCGACGACCUCGACACGUACAUGGAGAAGCUCUACGAAGAGGACAUGGAGUCCAAGCUCGACGGCGUCACGCAGAUCCUCAACCUCUCGGAGUUUGGCGCCAACAUUGAGGUGCUCAUCCAGAACGAAGCACUCAUGAGCCUUCUCUCGCGCGUCCUCAACGACGAGUACAAGAAAUCGUACGACUUUUCGCUCAACAUGAUGCGCAUCUUUUGGUGCUACUCGAACUUUCUCCAGCUGCACCCGAUCCUGAGCAACUACCGCAUUGGCGCGAUUACGCUCAAGAUCGUCGACUUUGAGGUCAAGCGCCACGAGCUCCGGCGCGAAGAAGAGCGCGCGCUCGAGCGGACGAUCGCCGAGCAGCAGAAGGCGGGCAUCGAAGCCGACGCGGUCGCCAAGCUCAAGGCCGAGAAGAAGAAGAACAAGAAGCGGCUCAAAAAGCAAGACCAGCUCCUGUACGUCUGUCUCAGCGUGCUCUUCAACCUCGCCGAAGACAUUCACACGGAGCGUAAAAUGGUCAAGAAGAAGAUGGUGCAUUUUUUGGCCAAAAUGCUCGACCGCGUGACUCCCGAUUUGGUCAUUCUCACAAUCGGGUUUCUCAAGAAAUUGAGCGUUUUCGAGGAAAACAAGGAGACCAUGAUCGAGCUCCAAACGGCCCAGAUUGCGCUGAAACUCCUCUUUAACCUCUCGUGGGACGCCCGCGUGCGCGAGGCCAUGGUCAAAAACAGCCUCGUCCCGAGUCUCGUCGAGCUGCUCAAGAAGCCGCCUUUCCGCGCGCUCACGCUGCGUCUCCUCUACCACCUCUCGAUGGACGACCGGUGCAAGUCGAUGUUCACGUACACGGAGGCGAUCCCGAUCGUGAUGCAGCUCGUGAUCAAUUUUCCUCAAAACAUCGUCGCCAAGGAGCUCAUGGCGCUCGCUGUCAAUCUGAGCAUCAACGCGCGCAAUGCCGAGAUGAUGACGCAAAGCAAGGGCCUCGAAGCGCUCGUCCAGCGCGUCCUUCGCACGCGGGACGUGCUGCUCAUGAAGUGCAUUCGCAACAUUUCCCAAUGGUCGUAUACGAUCCAAGAAGAGCUCACGGCCGAGCGCAACUACAAGUACAAGGGGCUCUGGGCGCCGUUUGUGAUGCCUCUUCUCGAGCUCGCGCAAGGCUCGGACAACCACGACCUCGUCGUUGAAAUCCUUGGCACCUUGGGCAACAUGACCCCGAAUGACUUGCCGGCCAAGACAACAUGGGACAAGCUCCUCACGCAGUCCGUCUCGGUGAUUCCGUUCCUGAGCAAGCUGCUCGUGCGCGGCUUUUCUCAGGACGACGUCGUGCUGCAAGUCGUCAUGUUUGUGAGCGCACUCAUGCUCGAGCCCAAGUGCGCGCCGCUGAUCACGUCGUCGCGCAUCGUCCGGAGCUUCCACUUGAUCUUUCAAGACAAACAAAACGACUGCGAGCUCACGCUGCAGCUGCUCUUUUGCUUUUACCGUAUGCUCCGGCACCCCGAGACGCUGGAUGACAUUCUGUAUGGCUGCAACAUGCUCCCGGACCUGCUCCUUGCCGCCGACUCGGCCAAUAUCGAGGUGCGCCGCAUGUGCGAUACGGUCCUCGACGUCAUCAUUGACCACGACAUCCACGAAGGCGAAGUCGGCGAGUUUGGCCGCCAGAUUCGCCGCCGCCGGUUCGAGAUCCACAACGCAGAGUACCUCAGCAUGCUCCACCACCACGACGCCCACGACGACGAGCACGGCUUGCACCUUGGCGACGAUGACGAUCACCUUCGCCACGACGACGACGACAACUACCGUCAUCGUAAAUAG